GAAAUUCCAUGAAAACCCACAGAGUGAUGAUGUUCUCACAUUCAUCACACACCAUCCCACAGCUGGAGUUUUCAGGGACUUCUUUCCGCUCGAGAAAACGCGCUGCGCUCGGCGGUGGAUUAAACGCGCCUGGCUGGCGGCGCUCGAUUGGCAGCCCUGGCGCGCAGAGCGGAAGCGGAAGCGGAAGCGGCGAGCGCGGCCAUGCGGGCCCCGGGGCCGUGCGCGGAGUGCGGGGCGGGGGGCGCGGCCCGGUACCGCUGUCCGCGCUGCGGCAGCGCUUACUGCUCCGUGCCGUGCUGCCGGACCCACCGCGAGCGCUGCGCGCCCGAUGCCCGGCGGGAGCGGGAGGCGGCCGGGCAGGGCCCUCUCCCGGGCCCCGCAGCCGGCGCCCCGGAGGACAUCCCGAGCGAGGAGGAGGAGCAGGACCGCGUCCCGCCGCAGCGACUGCAGCUCCUGGGAGAGUCGGAAGAGCUGCGGGAGCUGCUGCGGAACCCGCACCUGCGGCAGCUGCUGCUCGCCCUGGAGCGGGCCCGGGACAAAAGCUCCGUGCUGAGGCAGCUGAUGCAGGAGCCGCUGUUCGUGGAGUUCGCCGACUGCUGCCUGGGCAUUGUGGAGCCUCCCGAGGAGAAGGAGAACGUGCUCCCCGAGUGAGCUGCCGUGCGAGUGGGGCUUUUCUUCAUUUGUCCUUGAGGUUUCUGUUUUGGGAGGGUUUGCCAGCAGCCAGAGCUGCCGCUGUGCCCGGGGAUGUCAGUGCCCUGAUUCCAGCCUGGAGCUGACACACGGGCAGGGCUCUGCUGGGACACGUUUUUACAUCCUGGGGGCUGACCUUGGUCCUCUGUGGAGUUCUUUCUGUUGGCACAGGAAAUGUUGCUUCACGGUGCCAAUAUUAAAUGUGUUUACAUUUAUUUUAA